CGAUUUUUGAGAAACAAAAUCGUUUCAGUCCCAAUUCUCUUUUACAUAUUUCGGGUUACUUGAGCAAUACGUAAGUAAAUUGAUUUAGAUGGUUGUAAUGUUGACGCAAAAGGGUCGAGAAAUGAGCAGCCGUGGUGAUGGUCCAAAGACAGAGAAGGGUGACUUGUUUGUGGCAGUGGCCGUGAAGGGUAUCAUCGGAGAUAAGUUGGGAGGCGCAGGAAGCCGCCGCGCAGUACGGUGGGCCGUCGAUAACCUCUUACCUAAGGCUGAUCGGUUUGUGAUGAUCCAUGUCAUCCCAACCAUUAGUACUAUCCCUACCCCUACCGGAGACAGAUUGCCGCUAGAGGAAGUGGAGGAUAGAUUGGUGGAAAUGUAUGUGAGAGACGUGAAACAAGAAUUUGAGACAGUCUUUGUUCCCUUCUUGAAAAUGUGCAAGACUAGUAGUAUCAAGACUCUCUUGCUAGAGUAUGAUGAUCCAGCAAAGGCCCUUCUACGAUUCAUAUACAAAUCAGGAGUUAACAGUUUGGUUAUGGGAUCGUUCAAUUCAAACAUAUUCUCACGGAGAACAAAAGGUCCAGGAGUACCAUUGACUGUCUUAAAAUACUCUCCAGAAACAUGUGAAGUAUACAUUGUGUGCAGAGACAGAAUCACUACAAAAUCUAUGGAUCCAUUAAUCAACGCAUUGCCGUGCACAAGUCCAAAAGCAGCUGCGACCGCCCGCGGUUUUCUGAAAGAGGGAGUGGCUAGCUUCCACACUGUACAGACACGAACGUCAUCUGAUUCUGGAGAAUCCAUAGAGGUAGGCACGAGGAGGUCAGCAUCGGCUAAAGAGUUGAGAUUGGAGACAUUAAGCCUCGCUAUUAGGGAACCCGAAACGCCUCAAAGUAGCAAGGCUUCUAGGGCAACAGUUCAAGACGUUAUAAGGUGCCGGGGAAGAUCAGAUAUUCCACAGCUAAAUUACUCUGAUUUUGAUGAAACAACCGAACAACAAUCAAGUAUUAAGGCUUUAUCAAAAAAAGAAUCAAAUAUUGAGGCUUUAUCAAAAAAAGAAUCAAAUAUUGAGAACAUUGUCAGAGAACAAAGAGACUCUGAUUCGCCACCCGCAACAUCAAGAAAAUCCAAGAAGGUUGAGAUUGAAGCAGAGGUAGAGCGUUUGAAAAAGGAGUUACAAAGUACGGUUGUUAAGUAUAAACAAGCUUGUGAAGAGCUUUUCUCCACACAAAACAAGGUUCAAGUACUGUCGUCUGAGUGUUCCAAAGACGCUAGAAGAGUGAACAAUGCUGUGGAGAAAGAAGAAGUGCACAGGAAAACCGCGGCGCUGGAGAAAGAGCGGCACCUGAAGGCGAUUAAAGAGGUAGAAGCAGCAAAAGCUUUGCUUGCGAGAGAGUAUUGUCAGCGACAAAUCGCAGAGGUUAAUGCUUUAAAGAAUUACUUGGCAAAGAAGAAAGUGAUCGAUCAGCUUUUAGGGACGGACCAACGGUACAGGAAAUACACAAUAGAAGAGAUUUUUAUGGCCACCGAAGGGUUCUCUCCGGAGAAAGUGAUCGGGGAAGGAGGAUACGGUAAAGUUUACCAUUGUAGCCUUGAUAGUACUCCGGCAGCUGUUAAGGUUGUCCGGCUAGAUACGCCGGAGAAGAAACAAGAGUUCUUGAAAGAGGUUGAGGUUUUAAGCCAACUCCGACACCCACACGUGGUUCUUCUCUUAGGAGCUUGUCCGGAGAAUGGUUGUCUGGUUUACGAGUAUUUAGAAAACGGAAGCCUGGAAGAAUACAUAUUUCACCAGAAAAAUAAACCGCCUUUGCCUUGGUUCAUCCGGUUUAGGGUUGUUUUCGAGGUAGCUUGCGGUUUAGCCUUCUUACACAGCUCUAAACCAGAACCAAUUGUUCACCGUGAUCUAAAACCGGGUAACAUCUUGUUAAACCGGAAUUAUGUGAGCAAAAUCGCAGAUGUCGGUUUAGCCAAGCUGGUUACAGAUGUUGCACCGGAUAAUGUUACGAUGUACCGACACUCUGUUCUUGCUGGUACAUUGCAUUACAUUGACCCGGAGUACCAUCGAACCGGAACGAUUAGACUCAAGUCGGAUCUUUACGCGUUCGGGAUCAUCAUUCUUCAACUAUUGACGGCUCGUCAGCCCAGUGGGCUUGUACAUGCUGUUGAAAAUGCGGUUAAGACAGGAACAUUAACCGAAAUGCUAGACAAGUCUGUUUCAGAUUGGCCUUUGGCAGAAACCGAGGAGUUGGCACGGAUCGGAUUAAAAUGUGCUGAGUUUCGGUGUCGAGAUAGACCGGAUCUCAAAGAAGAGGUUAUACCGGUUUUGAAACGACUUGUAGAGACAGCAAAUUCAAAGAUAAAGAAAGAAAGAAGCAAUCUACGUGCACCGAGUCAUUACUUUUGUCCCAUCUUACGAGAGAUAAUGGAGGAGCCGGAGAUUGCAGCUGAUGGAUUCACAUAUGAGAAGAAAGCGAUCUUAGCGUGGCUUGAGAAACAUAACAUUUCACCAGUGACACGACAAAAGCUCGACCACUUCAAGCUCACACCAAACAAUACACUCCGGUCUGCAAUUCACGAUUGGAAAUCAAAAGUCCGGUUUUCUAAUGUCGUUGUUAAUAUAACAAGUUGAUUUCUCAUUGUGGACAUUUUUUCAAAAAAAAAAUAUUGGUGUUGUAAUGUUUUUUGUAGUACAUGCAUGUACAUAUAUUAUAUAUGGGUUGUCAGGUAUAAUAUGGUUGUGGUGGACAUAUAUAAAG